AUGCCUUCAAGGCCGAAUCGCUGCACCCUCCCCCGGCUGCGGCGGUGGAUGCGGCGGCAGUGUUUUCGCGAGCUGCUGCUGCUCGUGCUCGUGCUGUCGGCGAGCAGCGGCGCGCGCGGCGUGCGGUUCACGCUGGACCGGAAAGAGUGUCUGACGGAGUACGUCAACUGGGUGGGCGACGUCGUUCACGGCAACUUCGUCGUUGUCAGCGCCGACGCGUGGGGCGACUGGGAGCAGAACGGCGUCGACCUAGUGGUGA